AUGGUCCGCAUCGCUGCCACACUCAUGCUCGCCGCUUCGACCAAAGCGCUCACGCGCGGCGCGUUUAACCGCCUGACGCCCACCGCUCUCCUGGGUAGCUUGCUAGGUGCCAAUGGAGAUAAAUAUGCGGGCGCCGUCAUGGGCACCGAGGACAUCAUGAAGCCGAAAGCGCACGGCACGAGUCCGGCGCUCGAAGAAAAGGCGCCUUCCUCCGGCGGGCGCGGCGAUGGCGUCCAUCCAGAGGCGCGCCACUCGACGCCGUCACGCGACGCCGUCGCCGCGACUCCGUCGCCACAUAACCCGCGCACCACGCAGGCACGUCCGCGACGCCCGUCCAGAAGGACCUAAGGUGGAACUGCGACGUGCAAACGGCUGAUCGUAUUUGCAAUUUCAACCGGCACUACGCGGAGUUCGCGGGCUACUGGGAGCAGACGUCCUUCCUCAAGGAGGAGUCCGAGGCGUCGGGCGAGAUUUCGUUUUACGACUCGAACACGGGCAACGAGCUCUUCACCGCUCCGAAAGGUAGAAGCUUCGAGCAGUUCGUCAAGGAGUCGAGGGUGCACGGCUGGCCGUCGUUCCGGGACGACGAGGUCAACUGGGAUUACGUCAGAGUAUUACCGGACGGCGAGGCCGUCUCCGUCGACGGGACGCAUCUCGGCCACAACCUGCCGGACAAGAACGGCAACCGGUACUGCAUCAACCUGGUGUCGGUCGCGGGCCGGCCGAAGAAGGCGUAAGUAGUAGCCUUAGUCU